UGUCAAUCCAGUUAUUGUUUCCGCCCCACAUAGCAAGGUUGCGUAUGGAUGGUAACUUUCUGGAUUUUCAUGGAUCGCCAAGUUUAAACAGGCUGUUUAUGACCCGGUGAACUGGUUGCCGGGGAGCUAGUCUGACCAUGGCCGCCGGGGAGGCUUUGGGGGAGAGCCAGCUUCGGAGGAUUAUCAGAGAUCUGCAUGAUGCUGUUGCCGAGCUCACUAAAGAGUACAGGGAGAAUGGGGAGCCAAUCACGGAUGAUAGUCCCAAUCUGCACAAAUUCUCCUACAAACUGGAGUACCUGCUGCAGUUUGACCAGAAGGAGAAGACAACAUUUCUUGGCACCAGAAAAGACUACUGGGAUUAUUUCAGCGACUGUCUGGCCAAGAUCAAAGGCGCCAACGAUGGUAUCCGCUUUGUCAAAUCCAUCCCAGAGCUGAAGACAUCUCUGGGGAAGGGCAGGGCUUUCAUUCGCUACUCCCUGGUGCACCAACGACUGGCCGACACUCUGCAGCAGUGUCUGAUGAACCAAAGGGUAACCAGUGACUGGUACUAUACUCGCAGCCCCUUGCUGAAAUCUCACCUCGGUGUUGACAUCAUAAGUCACCUGUAUGAGCUCAACGAGGUCCAGUUUGACGUGGCCUCCAGGGGUCAUGACCUUGACUCGUCUUGGCCCACCUUCGCAAGGAGGACACUGGGCAUGCCCAACUCACCUGGCCACAUGUGGAAACCACCCAGUCGCAGCUCUAGCAUCAACAGUCUGGCCAGCACCUACUCACAGCAGGCUCAUGAGUUCCUUGGCAGCCCUGACAAUGGCCCAAGCAUGCUGAGCGAGUUGAACGAGUUGUUGCCUUCCAGCGUAGAGGUGAGUAUGUUGGACGAGCUCCGCCUGGAGCUGGACCAGUCGGAGCUGAAGCAGCGGGAGCUCCUGGACAGGGUACAGCAGAUGGGGGAGGAGGGUGCUGAGCUCAGACGUGUGGUGGUGGAGCUACAGAGGCAGCUGGACGUGUCGCUGACCGCCCAGGAGAAACAGCAGGGAAUGCAAGGGACCCUGAAAGACCUGGAGGCACGGGAGGAGGCCUUGUCCUGUGAGCUGGAAUCCCUGAGGGCUGGGGAGAGGGCCAGGGAGAUCGAAAAUCGCCACCUUCAGGAGAAGCUGGCAUCCGCAGAGGGGAAGAAUGUAGAACUAAUGACCAAACUGGAUGGGGUGUUGGAUGAGAAGGGCCAGCAGGCGACAAGCUACUUUGACUCGGCACAGAAGAUCCAUGAGCUACUGGACAGACUGAAGGAGGCUGAGAGGGGGAAGAUAGAGGCUCUGGCAGAGGGAGAGGAUAGGAGGAGACAGGCCGACAGGCUGGCAGAUGAGCUAAGGGUCAAAGAGGUGGCACAAAAGAAGGAUGAGGCCAAGCUCGAGUCGCUGUCAAAAUCCAUUGCAGAGGGGAACGCUAAGUUUGCGGAGUGUGCAGAGGAGCAGCGUAAUGCCAUUGACAAGCUGAAGGGGGCAUUGACUUUGAGAGAGAAGGAGGUCAACAACCUGCAGAGGCAGCUGCAGGACCUCCAGAGUGUUCUGGAAGAGAUGAAGAGACAAGCAGAGGAGGCCAGAAACAGAGCCGAGGAGGAGAAAGAGGAGAUCCAGGAAAGCAUAUGCAGUCUGAAAGAGGCCUUGGAGGUGGAACAACUCUACCUGAAGGAGCAGUUGAAGAGCAGAGAGGCGGAGCUGCUCUCCAGUAUACAGAGGCUUCAGCACCUGGAGGUCCAGAGCCAUAGCCUGACAACGGAGAGGGACAUCCUGAGCGCCAACCUCUCCAAGAUGGAAUCUAGCAUCAGGGAGCAGGCCAAUAAAAUUGAAGAGUACAAGACUCAGUGCACCAACCUGAUGGAGCUGAAUGGGAAGUUGCUUGACACAGUGAAGAGGAAUGAGGAGCUGAAGAAGGAGCUGGCAGAGAGCCGGGCAGCCCUGGAGGGCGAGGUGGCUGCUCUCAGGGCGUCUGACAAGCACCUGAGGGGCCACCUGGACGACGCCAAGGUAACAGUGGAUGAGAAGGACAGGAAGUUGCGUGAGGAGAACCGGGCCUUGGACGAGAGUUUACAGAGGGCAGCCAUGGCCGCUGCGGUCUCAGAUGCCUCUACCAAACGGCUGGAGCAGGAGAACCAAGGCCUGAGGGAGGAGCAGGCUACGGUGAGGGCGGCGCUGAGCUCCAUGCAGGAGGAACUGAAGUCCAUCCACGGGCAGAUUGGAGAGCUGGAGAAGAGCUUGGGGGCAUCCCGCAGGAGCGAGGCCAGCCUGCAGGAGCAGCUCAAAGACCGGAAGGCCCAGCUAGAGAACAAGGAGAAGGGCUGUGCAGAGCUCCAGGCCAGGGUGGAGGCCCUGGAGGCCAGAGGAAGGACACUGGAAAAGGCUAAGGCAGAUGCAGAAAAUGCCUGUGCCAAAAAGACAAAGCUGAUAGAGAGGGUCACCACUGAGAAACAGACGGUGGAGAGAACACAGCUACAGAGAAGCUCUGCCCAGGCCAAGGAGAGCCAGGAGGUAGCCGCCAAGCUGACUAUGGUGGAGUGCCAACUGGAAGUGAACAUGAAGGAGGUGUCCAGGUUCCAGGCAGAAGUGAUGGAUUUGAGAGUGCAGCUGAAGACCUCUGGGGAGGACAGGAUGAGGAGCCAGGCCCAGCUGGAGGUGAUGGAGGCCCAGAAAGACGCACUCAGUACCCUAACAGAGCAGCUCAAAGCCCAGACCGAGGCACUUAACCAGAGGCACGUGGCCGAGCUCCUGCAGUGCAAAGAGAGGGAAGAGGCUCUGAGCAGGGAGCGUGACCAGGAGGCAGCCACCCGGUCCGAGUUGGCUGCCGCAGAGGCCUCCACCAGGGGAGAGCUGGCCACGCUAAAGGCCCAAAAUGAGAGGCUGGCCAUGGAGAAUGCUGAGAUACGUGAAGGCCUCCACCGGGCCAAUACAGAGAUGGCAGAGCUUGGGAUGACUAUCUGUAGACUGACAGCAGAAAGGGAGGAGGCCAAGGAAGGCUGGGUGGGGGAGGCAGACAGGAUAGGGGAACUGGAGGAGAGAACUUCCGGGAAGGUGGAGCGGCUGGAGUCCUGCAUGGCUGCCAUGCGCCAGGAGAACACCGGCCUAAGAGAGGAACUGAGGAUGACAGAGCACCUUCCGGGAGCCAUGCUGGAGCUGCAGGACAAGCUGGAGAAGGCAGAGUGCCAGGUGAGGAGCCUCCAGGACACCAGUCUGGAGGAGAUGGAGGCGGUCAAGUUCCAGAUGAGCUCCGAGAGCAUGAAUCAUCAGAACCAGAUCAAGAGUCUGAAAGAUGAGCUGGGGAAACUGAGGGUCCAGCUGCCUAAAGAGCAGGAGAAGGUGUCCAGUCUGGAGGCUAAAAUCUUUGAGAUAGAGGGGGUGAAUGAGGAGUACUCACGGCUGAUUGGAGAGAAGGAUGCUCACGUCGCAAAGUCGGAAGCCGCUAUUCGUCAGAGUGAGGGAGAGAUUCAGCGACUGAGAGACUCUGUCACCAGUGCCGAGGAGGCUCUCUUGGCGGUCCAGGCGGCGCGUGAGGAGCUGAAGAAGAAAUUGGAGCAGGCCGAGGUUGACAGGCAUAGUCAUUGCCUCAGGACGACAGCAGAGAUCGACGACCUCUACCGAACCAAGAGCACCCUGGAGGAGCGCCUCAUCGAACUAAUCAAGGAUAAGGACAUUCUGUGGCAGAAGUCCGAUGCUCUGGAGUUUGAGCAGAAGCUGCGUGCAGAGGAACGCUGGUUGCAGGACAAGGAGGCCACCCACUGCCUGGGCUGUCAGGGCCAUUUCACCUGGUGGCUACGCCGACACCACUGCAGGCUAUGUGGACGCAUCUUCUGCUACUACUGCAGUAACAACUUUGUGAUGACCAAGCACAGUGGGAAAAAGGAGCGUUGCUGUAGGGAGUGUUACACCCAACAUAGAGCCGUGGUGGAGAGGUUCACAGAGGGUGAGCUGAGUCCCUCCGACACCCAGCUGCCGCCCCCCGUAAUUGGGCCUCACUCACUCCCCAAACCAGCCCCCUACAAACCUACUCCCAGGGUUACAGUGUCGGACCCCAGCACCAAGACUGAUGACGGGGCCUAUGACAUAAUCACAGAGGAGGAUGCGAACGGUAUCUAUGACAGCGACAUGCUGUCCCUAACCACAGGGGAUUCACUGGAGGGGGAGCAGGACACACGGCCACUGGGGGCGCUAGAAAUAGGCACAGGAGACACGACCCCAGAUGACCCAGAAGAGAAUGUGCCCACUCUGCAGGACGCAGAGAUCGCCCUUCUCAAGUCUGGAGAAGUCACUCUGGUCGUCCCUGUCAGCAUCGACGACAUCUCUCAGUUUGGCGAUGGCUCCCGGGAGCUUUUUGUCAAGUCCAGUUGCUACAGUGUGAUCUCCAUCGUCGUGGUCGAUUGCAGCCCCACCGUGAGCUGGAUGUUCUCCUCGGAGCCCAAGAGCAUCUCGUUCGGCAUGGUGUACCGCGUGACCGCCGACGUCCCCGUGGAACAAUCCAAGGUGCUGAUUCCUCUGACUCGCUGUAACUCCCACAAAGAGGCCAUCCAAGGCCAGCUGAAAGUCAGGAACCCUGGUCUCUACACACUCAUCUUCGACAACUCCUUCUCAAGGUUCAUCUCCAAGAAAGUCCUCUACCGCUUGACACUCGAGAAGCCGGUUAUUUACAACGGAAGGGAUUUUUAAGACUGAUAGUGGACACUUACGCAGGUUAAAUGUUAUAGGGGAGGGAGAGGGUACAGAGGGAGGACAAUGUGUCCAUUUCAUUUUUACAGGUAUUUAAUUUGAAAGGAUUUCAUCUGCUUAUUUUGUUCUGUGUUCCCCACCAUCUAUUUUAUGUUUAGUUUUGCUGUUUUAUUCUGAAUUGUUUUUUGUAGGAUCCCUAUAUUUUUUUAACACUAGUGCUUUUAUGUUUUGGAGUGUGUUAGUUAUGUUUUAGUUAGAGCACAAACACCCUACAGACAUAGUGGUUCGCUCUUAAGUCAAAUGGUUUGACCUAAUGGACUCCUCACUGAGAUUCGGUGGUGAAAUUCAAAACAAAACCUAACCACAGCUAAGGGGUUAAAAACCUUGUAAGCACACGCCAUGGUCUUGUUAAAGAUGGAGAAGUUAUUGCACACACUCCUUAAGAUGACCACACAUUUAUACACGUCAUUAGUUCUGAUUUUCUUUCUACCAUGGACUAGCACAGUGUCCACAGGUGAGAUGAUUCUUCUUGAGCAACUGCAUACAUUUGAAUCACACAAUCAGUAGGGAACACUGUACAAAUAGAGCAUCUGUUUCAAGCUCCAAAAACAACACGUUGUUAAGGAGAAGGCAGUUACGUUGGAGCAUCCUCAAAAUGCUGUGAUGCUGAGGGAACAGAAUGAAAGUGCGGGUUAACAGUCAGUAGUACAGGGGGAUUGAAAGCUUUGCUACCAAAUUCUUGUGUCAGCUGGGACUUUUGAAGCCUACUGUUUGAGUGAAUUGAACACUAUGAAGGACCUCUCUUUUUGACCCGUCGAUAGCCUUUCCUGAAGUUAGUCCAUAUUUCAUGUUUUCAUAUGGAAGACUGCCAUCGUCAAUGUCAUGUUGAAAGCACAAGGGGGCGGGGGGCUUUUAUAUCCCAAAGAGAAAUCCAUUUUCAAAUGGUUUUGUUUAAAAGACAAUGUCUUCUCUUAUUUUAACAUAAUACUAUUGUUUAAAAGGACACUAUAUUAUAUUAUUGCAGCACACUGUCAACUAUUAUGAUCUAUUACCAAGCUCAAUUUCACUCACUGACAAAGCAAGUGCCAAUCCUUGCCUUUGAACAUAAUUUUUUCAAAGUUAUGUUUCCAUUACAAGACACAUAAAAACUGCACUGUGAAAAUGAAAAGUUAAGUGCCAAGAUGGCGCAUUGUCUUUUCACGUGUGCAGAUUUGACAUGUGUUUUGGUUAGCCAAUUCGUGCUAUACUCAGCAUCUUUAAGAAUCCACUGUUGUAUACAGUGCUUCUACUUCUUUAAUGUUUAGGCUCUCCUCAAGGAAUAAUGCUUAGCCAUAGGCUAUCCUCAUGGAAUAAUACUUAGCCAUAGGCUGUCCUCAUGGAAUAAUACUUACCAUAGGCUAUCCUCAUGGAAUAAUACUUAGCCAUAGGCUAUCCUCAUGGAAUAAUACUUACCCAUAGGCUAUCCUCAUGGAAUAAUACUUAGCCGAAAGGCUAUCCUCAAGGAGCACCUCAGGGCACAAGUGGAGUAGAGUGGUUCUCAACUGGUUUUGCCUCGGGUCCCAAAUUGAACCAGGUUGUCUCAGUUGCAAAAUGUGCCAAAAACUAUGUUUAAUGCAAUAUUAAUAGUAAAUGUAGAAAUUAUAUGACAAGGGAAAAACAUACCCACCUCUUUCAUUGUCAUGAAUUCAAUUUGGACCAUAUUCUUGAUGAAGAAUUUUAAACUCACUGGUUUGAGAUGACAAAAUCAACCAAAAAAUUGCACUGCUAAUAGCUAUAUAUUGAAAUACUGUGAUUGAAAAAAGAUUUUUCAGAGAUUAAAUUAUUUAAAAAAUGUAAUUCAUUAUCAUUUCUACACACCUACCUGAUUUAAGUUCAGACUGGAGUAUUUUUUCCAUAUAUAUAUAUAUAUAUAUAUAUAUAUAUAUACAGUACCAGUCAAUAGUUUGGACACACCUACUUAUUCC